AUGGUGUCCAGAGUAUACAAGUCCACCAAGCAGGAGGAAAUGGAAAAUGGCCCGUGCAUUACUAAGCUGAAGAACAUGGGGUUUCGAGUGGGACAAGGAUUGAUAGGAAGGUUUACGAAAGAUACUGCAAGGUUCAAGGAUGAAUUAGACAUCAUGAAGUUCAUAUGUAAAGAUUUUUGGACUACAGUAUUCAAGAAACAAAUUGACAAUCUAAGGACAAAUCAUCAGGGCAUAUAUGUACUUCUGGACAACACAUUUCAACUACUUAUUCAGCUGUCUGCAGGAAAACAGUAUUUAGAACAUGCAUCCAAGUAUCUAGCAUUUACAUGUGGCUUAAUCAGAGGUGGCUUAUCAAACUUGGGAAUAAAAAGUAUUGUAACAGCCGAAGUCUCUUCAAUGUCUGCCUGCAAAUUUCAGGUGAUGAUACAGAAGUUGUAGAGUGA